AGGCACUUACCCAAAACAAUCCCAAAAUAACGACGACCUCCAAAAAUGGCGCCCAAGAACAAAGGCGGAGACAAGAAAGGCAAGGGAAACGAUGGAGGUGAUAAAGGCGGCAAGGGAUUGAAACCAGCUACUUCGAUUAAUGUGCGGCAUAUUCUGUGCGAGAAACACUCCAAGAAGGAGGAGGCUCUGGAGAAGCUCCGCAAUGGGUCUAAGUUUGAUGACGUUGCUAGGGAGUUCUCGGAGGAUAAGGCGAGACAGGGUGGUUCUCUUGGCUGGAAGGUCCGGGGAAGUCUUGACGGCACAUUUGAGAAGGCAGCAUAUGAACUCGAGCCCAGUACGACGGCAAACCCGAAGUACGUGGAGGUGAAGACUGGAUUUGGAUACCAUAUUAUCAUGGUUGAGGGGCGGAAGUAAAGCAUAACUUCCAUAUGCAAAAAUUAAUCAUUCUAUCCGAAAGGGUAUUGAGACUAUUAAAUUGAGAUAAUACCAUGUUAAGACCGAACUACGAUAACGAGCCUCAUGAACCUAAUCAAAAGCGCUGUGAU